CCCUACCUCCCAUCCUUUGCCCAGGAGCUGCCUUCAUCGCAGUCACGCCCCUUCCUUCCGAGGAGAUUUCUGACUGCCCAAGCUGGUAGACCCCUGAUUUAUUCCUCCAUCUCCUCUCUCUUUCGCUUCAUCUUCUUUUAGUUCUCACCGCUCCCUCCACCCCCACCUUCAAUCUGUCUCGCCUCCGACCAUCCGCUGCUCCACCCUCCGGCCCGGUAUCCUGCCUGUCCACUGCCACCAAGGAAAACCCAGAGGGAGCAGCGAAGAGGGGAGCAGCCGGGAGUCCGGGCUUCUCCCCUGCCCAUCCCUGGCUUUUGGCCCGGGACCGAAGCCACUUGAACGAGCAGAGAGUCGUCACCUUGUCUUCGUUGCAUUCAGGGAGCUGCUGAGAAGGACAAAUAAGAUAACAGAAGUAAAAGAGCUUUUGUCUCCUUAGAAGAAAGGCUGAGAAACUAAAGAGUGACCACUGGUUGGACUCUUGGCGGCGCUUAACCUGAACCUGAGUGUUAGGGGAGAGGGAAUCUGCCGUUGCGGUUUCUGGAGCUGCUCAUAAGCAAGAAUUCCCUAUCCUGAUCAAGGCUUUAAGCCUAAAAGAAAGCAGAAAUAGGUCAAGGGCAGCCCAAGUGCCCAAUUUCUCUCUCUCUUCACAAGGCACCACCAGCAAUAGAGAUGAGAAAUUCUGAAGAUCAGCCAAGUGGAGGAACCACGGUGUUGCAGCGUCUGCUACAAGAGCAGCUUCGCUAUGGCAAUCCUAAUGAGAAUCGCAACCUGCUUGCCAUACACCAGCAAGCCACAGGGACUGUCCCUCCUUUCCCCAGUGGCAGUGGAAACCCAGGUCCUCAGAAUGAUAUGUUGAGUCCCCAAGACCAUCACCAACAGCUUGUGGCACAUGCUGCUAGACAAGAACCCCAAGGGCAGGAAAUUCAGUCAGAAAAUAUCAUGAUGGAGAAGCAACUUUCCCCUCGAAUGCAGAAUAAUGAAGAACUCCCGACCUAUGAAGAAGCCAAGGUCCAGUCCCAGUACUUUCGGGGCCAACAGCAUGCCAGUGUUGGAGCUGCCUUCUAUGUCACUGGAGUCACCAACCAGAAGAUGAGGACGGAGGGACGCCCAUCAGUUCAGCGUCUCAAUCCUGGGAAGAUGCACCAGGAUGAGGGACUCAGAGACCUUAAGCAAGGACAUGUCCGCUCUUUGAGUGAACGACUAAUGCAGAUGUCAUUGGCCACCAGUGGAGUUAAGGCCCACCCGCCUGUUACCAGCGCUCCACUCUCCCCACCACAACCCAAUGACCUCUACAAGAAUCCCACAAGUUCCAGUGAAUUCUACAAGGCCCAAGGGCCUCCCGGCCAGCAUAGCCUGAAGGGCGUGGAACACCGAGGCCCCCCACCAGAGUAUCCCUUCAAGGGCAUGCCACCCCAGUCUGUAGUGUGCAAGCCCCAAGAGCCAGGGCACUUCUAUAGUGAGCAUCGUCUGAACCAGCCAGGGAGAACAGAGGGGCAACUGAUGAGGUAUCAGCAUCCCCCUGAGUAUGGAGCAGCCAGGCCAACACAGGACAUCUCAUUGCCGUUGUCGACCAGGAACUCUCAACUUCACAGCCCUACUUCUUCCCUCACCUCUGGGGGUUCCUUGUCCUUGCUGCAGUCUCCACCAUCCACUAGGUUAUCUCCUGCUCAACAUCCAUUGGUCCCAAACCAAGGAGACCACUCGGCUCACCUACCUAGGCAGCAGCAACAUUUCCUUCCUAAUCAGACUCACCAGAGUGAUCUUUACCGUCUCACCCAGCCUGGCCUGAGUCAGCAGCAGCAGCAACACCACCACCACCAUCACCAGCAGCAGCAGCCACAGCCAGGAGAAGCCUAUUCAGCUAUGCCUAGGGCUCAGCAGUCUUCUGCUUCUUAUCAUCCAAUGCCGGCAGACCCUUUUGCCAUUGUUUCCAGAGCCCAGCAGAUGGUUGAGAUCCUCUCAGAUGAGAACCGGAACUUGCGGCAGGAGUUGGAAGGAUGCUACGAGAAGGUGGCAAGACUGCAGAAGGUGGAGACAGAAAUCCAGCGUGUCUCGGAGGCAUAUGAGAACCUUGUGAAGUCAUCCUCCAAAAGAGAAGCCUUGGAGAAAGCCAUGAGAAACAAGCUUGAGGGGGAGAUUCGAAGGAUGCAUGACUUUAACAGGGAUCUGAGAGAGCGUCUGGAGACUGCCAACAAACAGCUUGCGGAGAAAGAAUACGAGGGGACAGAGGAUACCAGAAAAACCAUCUCUCAGCUCUUUGCAAAAAAUAAGGAGAGCAUUCGGGAGAAGGAGAAGCUGGAAACCGAGCUGGCCACUGCCCGUUCUACCAACGAGGACCAAAGAAGACACAUUGAAAUCCGAGACCAGGCCCUGAGCAAUGCCCAGGCCAAGGUGGUAAAGCUGGAGGAAGAGCUGAAAAAGAAGCAGGUGUAUGUAGAUAAGGUGGAGAAGAUGCAGCAGGCCCUUGUACAGCUCCAGGCAGCAUGUGAAAAGCGUGAGCAGCUGGAACACCGUCUCCGGACAAGACUGGAGAGAGAACUGGAAUCCCUCAGAAUUCAACAGCGCCAGGGCAGCUCUCAGCCCACCAACGUUUCGGAAUACAAUGCUGCUGCACUGAUGGAGCUCCUUCGUGAAAAGGAGGAACGGAUCCUGGCCCUGGAAGCUGAUAUGACUAAGUGGGAACAAAAGUACUUAGAGGAGAACGUGAUGAGACAUUUUGCUCUGGAUGCUGCUGCAACUGUAGCUGCUCAGAGGGACACAGUCAUCAGCCACUCUCCUAACACCAGCUAUGACACAGCUCUCGAAGCUCGCAUCCAGAAAGAGGAGGAAGAAAUCUUGAUGGUCAACAAGCGUUGCCUUGAUAUGGAGGGCAGGAUUAAGAUCCUCCAUGCCCAAAUUAUUGAGAAGGAUGCCAUGAUCAAAGUACUCCAGCAACGUUCCCGGAAGGAGCCUAGUAAGACAGAGCAGCUGUCAUCCAUGCGGCCAGCAAAGUCUCUGAUGUCCAUUUCCAAUGCUGGAUCGGGCUUGCUCUCCCACUCUUCCACCCUGACUGGCACUCCCAUCAUGGAAGAGAAGCGGGAUGAUAAGAGCUGGAAAGGGAGCCUAGGCAUUCUCCUGGGUGGAGACUACCGUGCAGAGUCUGUCUCUUCUACACCCUCACCUGUGCCGCCCUCGACUCCCCUGCUCUCAGCUCACUCUAAGACGGGCAGCCGAGACUGCAGCACCCAAACGGAACGGGGAACUGAAGCAAACAAAACUGCAGCUGUUACUCCAAUCUCUAUUCCUGCGACAGCUGCUGCCGCCACUGCUGCCGCCAUCACUGCCAAUGCUGCCACCAACACCACCACCAUGGUAGCUGCUGCUCCAGUGGCUGUUGCUGCUGCCGCUGCCCCAUCUCCAGCAGCAGCUGCUGCUGCUCUUGCUGCUGCUGUUUCUCCAGCUGCUGCUAUUCAGAUUCCAGCCGCUGCCUCUGCUGUUGCUGCUACUAUUGUUGCUCCUGCUUCUGCUGCUGCUGUUCAGGUUGCUCCAGCUGCUCCAGCUCCGGUUCCAGCUCAGGCUCCAACUCCGGUUCCGGCUCCAGCAGCCGCUCAGGCUUCUGCUCCAGCUCUGACUCAGACACCGACUCCAUCUCCAGUUGCAGCUGCUACUCCAGCUCCAGCGCCAACUCCAUCUUUGGCUCAGGCUGAGGCUCCUGCAACUCCAGCCGCUGCUUCUGGACCACGGCGCUUGUCUAUACCAAAUUUGGCCUGUAAUCCAGACAAGACAGAUGGUCCCGUUUUCCACUCCAAUACUCUGGAGAGAAAAGCUGCUGCUCAGAUCCUGGGACAAGAGCCUGAUGCAGAAAUGGUGGAAUAUCUCAUCUAAACGGCCUAAUCCAAGAGCUGCAGUUUAUCAGCAAGAAUGCUCUUAAUCAUUUUUCCCUUUUGUUGUUAUUUUGAGGGUGAGGAAAAGGGAUUGGGGGAAUGUUUUUUUAAAGGGACUUUUUAUUGAGACCUUAUAGUACUUACAUAAUGCCAUAUGAACUCCAGUCUAUUUUGGUGCACUUAGAGAGUACCUCUAAAGACAAGUCAAUCAGAGGGUGCUCUAAAGGUUAUUGUUUGGAUUUCUACAAAUACUGGGACUGUUAAUAGCUGGAUAUUCACCAAUGUUUUACAAUGUGCUUAAAAAUUUUUGGCAUUUCCAUAUUCCAGAUCAUUUUUUAUUGAAGAGCACAGUAUGUUUGGAAGACAGUGUGUAAAAGGUAGUUCAGAAAUGGGAAGCCGGAGAGAAUUUGCACAUGUGAUGUUUUGCAGAGUUACCAUCUAGGCAGCAUCCAGAGAGAGAGAGUUCUUGCCUCGGGCUCGUGAAAGGGGAUAGUUUUUGGAGCCAUGUAAACUGGAGGGAAGGUAGGGAGUAGUGGGGUGUGGAAGGGUGCUGGAGCUAAUUUUCCCUUCCAACUUCCCAGCUACCCUGUGCCAGGGGAUUGUUUUUAUUUUCAUUUCAGUGGUGCUUUGGAAGUUGAUUCUUUUGGUUCCCUCUUGGAGGUUCAUACAUUCAUAUAUAUACUCUGGAAUAAUUUAUGCAUUUGGGUAAUUAAUAUAUUGCUUUCAGCCAUUAGGAAAGUUAAAUUAGCUGAAACUUCCUCUCUCUUAGAGAGUUAGACCACCGGAGGCCUUGAUGGAGAGUUGCAUGAGGUGCUUGCAGAAUGUAGACCUUUGUGGUCUGUGUCUAGCCAUGAACAGCUUGCUUGCCUUUCCUGAGACCAAUCUGCUUAGUGUCUAAUUCUUCCUCAGCACAAAUUCACUGGCUGUGUCACCAGUUCUCAAAUUGUCAACUACUUGCAAAACGAGGAAGCACUUUUGGUGACAGGUUGAAUGCUUUGAAUUUCUGGUGACUACUUUGAAAUAACUCAUUUUGUUUCCCAAGUUCUUAGACGUAUUUGACUAUCACCUCCAAGGGAAAAGCAUCAGAAACCCAAAGUACUAUGCUGCAGUCAGGGGAGAGGUGGGCUGCAGCAGAGUCCUCAGCUACCUCUUUCAUGGCCAGUGACUCCAUCUUAGAAUGCUUUUGGAGAGCAGCAGGAAAUGUACAUGUGGGCAGGGACCAAGGAGGCCAUGGCUCCAAACUUUGCCUAAGGGCUGCCUCCAGGAACACAGAAGGGCUGCUCAUUGCCAUAGGUCCCUGCUCUGUGUCAUUUAUCUACCCUUCAUUAAGAUGAUAAAUCUAUAAUCAAUGUCAUUAAUAUCAGUUUUCAGGGGUUUGGGGGGAGGUGAGGGGAUUGGGAGUGUUAUGUAAGGGUGGGGGGGUAUAGGUUUGGGGAUAUGCUAGUUAGAAAUCAGAUUAAUAGAAGAGUAGGCCUGAUAUAUUACAUUGUGAGGCAUAGUGGCUGGAAGGAAUUUUUGCAAUACAAUAGCCCAACCCCAUCAUUUUAGUGAUGAGGAAUCUGAGACCUGGAGACUGUAAGUGACUUUUUCAAGAUCAUACAACACAGCUUCCCACUCUGCCAAAUACCAUGCUCAUUUUGGGAAACAUUUAUGUACAAAAAGCCCCAUUUUAAGAAAAGGCAUCUUCACAGUCCAGAGCAUAUGUAUUUUGUAAAAUGGCCCUGGCUUUAGUAGUUUGUACAGGGUUUUGAGUUCCUAUCUUGCCUUUCCUGCAGUGCCUUUUGCAAGGUUUUUCCUUUCCUGAUUCUGAUUUCAGUAUGGAGUCACAUGGGACAUCUGCCCUAAAAUAUCAACCUCACUUCUUCUCUUGCUAUGAGAUUGGCUGUCUUGGAUCACCUUACAGAGUUCCUCUGUAAGUAUAGGAAUGGCCUACUUAACAGUAUUCUUGUGUCAUUCCCAGUGACCUUCCAAAGGAAUUAUUUUGUGUGGGGGGAAGGAGGAGAUAAGAGGGAAAGUGAUGUGGUUUUUCAGGCAGUCUUGACAUUUUUAAUAAUGAAGUGAUUAUCACACACAUUAGUACUCAGUUAUUUAGUGAAUCCCAAAUAGAAAUUAAAAGUGCAGUUGUGUUAAUGCUCAUUCAUAUUACCCUUUAGUCAUGGAAAAAAAAACCCUCAAAUAGUAAAAGCAACAAGUAGCAAACUUCAGGACUGCUACUUUCUGUCUAAAUAAAUGCAUAAGUAAAUAGAAAAAUAAACCUUUCAUUUACUCCUUUCAUGUUUAUAACAUAUUGCCAGCAUUUUUGCUAGCUCUGGGAGCCAUGGUUUUAAUUACAUUUUGUAAGGUGACAAAUGUCAUACAUUCCACACUGUGUGGCAGCCAUAUCUUUAGGCUCAUGUAUUUUGGGAAAGGAGGAAGUUCUUAGCUAAAUAUUAUUUUGAACUUUCCACAACAUCUCUUCCCCCCCUCACACCAGAGGGGUUCCCUUUUGGCUUAGUUUUUAAUCCCAGGUAAUUUACUCAAAUACAUUGUACAUUUGAGAGAUGGAAGAAGUCCAUGUCAUUGUAUUAUGUUUACGAAGAAGAUUGAUUCAGCCUUUUCAGAAGAUCCCUAAUAGAUGACAUUUUAAAAUUCAGGUUUAUGGGAGAAAUGUCAAGGUAGCCACCUUUUCACAAUUGUGUCAAUGUAACACUUGGGGGAUGUUUUUGGACUCCCACCUAUCUAUGCAUUUUACUGGCACCUCAGAACAGGAAGGUGACCUUGUUGUCUUAACUUGUACUGCAUGGUGGUCUCUGGGGACCUUCUAAGUCAGUUGUACUUCAACGUCCCUUGUACAGAAAAAUUUCAUUAGAACAAACUUUACUUGAUAUGAAAUUCUUAUUAACAUUUUUUUAUUAAAUAAAAGUAGCUUGAGCUUUCUUAUAAAAUCAUGUAUCUUAAUUGUUGUUUUAAUGAAGGAUUUGUUUUCAGUGCUGCUUCUGAGCUUUAGGUUGAGAGGAUAGUAGGAACCUGAAAUAUUUGCCAUCACCUGCCAUGGGAAACAUACUAGGAGACCCAUCACAUUAUCUUUUUCUUGUUACACAGUUGGUUAUGCACAAUAAUUGGAAAAUGAACAAAUUUACUGUGCAAACUAGUUUUUAUGAAGAGCCUAAAAACUAAUAAUGUAGCAACUUCAAGUGUAUACAUAUGCACUAACUCUUAUACAUUAUAUUCUCAUGUCUGUUAUCUCCUGUUAUCUCAAUUGCUCAUUCACAUAUGGAAUUUGUUACUUAAAAUGUGUGCAUUCUUACUGAACAUGUUUUCAAAGGAAGGCAUUAGCUAUGGGCUAAUUGCCACCAAUUUCAGCCUGGCAUGAUCCUUGGAAUAUAUCUUCCAAGUGCCAUCCAUCAUCAGUCGGACCAGUGUCGGGAGUUUGUUUGUUUUUUUCUGGUAGCAACGAUGGGUUAUAUGAAGCCUUCAACCCUACUUCUGUGGCCUCCCUUGUGAUUAAUGGCAUGUGUUUGUAAAAUGAAUAGCUGAGGUUGGCAGAUGGCUAGAGAAGAAUCACCUUUGGUUUGAAAUGUAUUUGGCCUUAUAAUGAUUAAGACCCCAUUCUGUAAUCAACGGAGCUAGUUCAAGUAAAAUUAAGCAGGUGUUGAAUCCACUCUGUGCCUAUCUUUUCACUGACAAUAAAGUUAGCUAUUUUAAAAUGCA